AUGCCGCACUCCUACGGUUACCGGGCGCGUACGCGUGGCAUGUUCAAGCGGGGCUUCAAGGAGCAUGGCCCCAUCAAAUUGUCAACGUAUCUCAUCACCUACCGGGUAGGAGACAUCGUCGACAUUAAAGCAAAUGCGGCCCAGCAGAAGGGUAUGCCGCACAAAUACUACCACGGGCGGACUGGUAUUGUGUACAAUGUCACACCAAACGCAGUCGGCGUCAUUGUUCACAAAGUCGUUGGCAACCGUUACAUUGAGAAGCGCGUGAAUAUCCGCGUUGAGCACAUCAGACACUCUAAGUGCAGGCAAGAGUUCUUGGACCGCGUCAAGCGUAACCACGAAGCGCACAUGAAGGCCAAGGAAACGGGCGAACGGGUGAAUCUCAGACGCAUCCCCGCACAGCCUCGUACUGCGCACGUUGUCUCGACAAAGGACAACGCACCGCAGACGAUGGCCCCUGUUCGCUACGAGACGACGAUUUAA